AUGUACCCUCUACACCCUCAUCCAAACAUGUCUUCGGGCGUACCUCUCAUGCCUUCUUCUUCUUCUUCCACGACAAGCCUUAGUUCAGCAAAUUCAUUUCAACCACAACCACCGCAAGGACAUGUCUUUGUACAAACACAACCAUCACCUCAGCAACAAAUGAUCCAGCCUUUCAUGUAUCCUUCGGGAUCAUUCCCGAAUGAGAUGAACAGACCAUCAAACACCACUCAUCCCUCCCUCAAUAAUCAUACCACAUCCACCACAAUGAAUAAUCUUGGUGCAGCACCUCCAUCAUCAUUUGCAUUCACUCAUUUCGUCCCAACCACCCUUUCAGGAUCCAACGCCUCAUCUCAAUUUCCGAUGGUUGCAAGUUCGGGACCUCAAGGAUUCAGUUUUUUAGUGUCCAACACCCAUGCUACACCUUCUCAGGCUGGAAUGAUGGUGUUUCCUCAACAACAGCAACAGCAACAAAAACCUCAACAACAGGAUCUCACGACCCGUCAGACAGCUUUUGCAUCUCCCAUGCUUUCGAACUCACUCCAAGAGACUCCCAACAUACUUCAGAUAAGCAAUAAUUUUAAACAGCCUCCUAUUUAUGGCCAAAGUGCUUUUGUACCGUAUACUGGUCUCGUACAAGAAGGAAGCUCUGUAUAUGGCCUUAAUAACUCCUCCUUUGUUUUUCCAAUACAAAAUUUGUACGGAUUUCAAAAUGGGCAGGUGGACAAUAAUAGCGCUCGUUCGUUCGUUCCCACUUCCAAUAAUCAAUCUGAACAAGGUCACAAUAGUCAACUUGGAGUAAUGCAACCGUCAUCUGAACCUACGUCUUGCAACAACGUAUUGCUCCCAGAAAACACCAAUCGUAUUGAUGACCAUUUGGAAAGCAGUGGGGAUCAUUCGUUCUUUUUGGUUGAAAAUUUAAAGCAUGAACCAACAAUUGAUUCAAGGCUCAAGGAUUUCGAACGCGACAUUUUAACUUCAGAAAACCACAACAAGUUGACUACCUAUUACCGUCACCUUCAAAAAGAGAAUGCAAUUUUAAAGCAAGAAUUGAAACAAUUUCAAGAGUUGAGAAGGAACAUGGAACAGGAUCUCACUCAACACCACUCACAAUUGAUGUCUGUUUUUACUGACAUGGAAAAACAUCAAGACAAUCUUGAAGAAACUAAUUCUGCUCUUGCAAGGGAGUUAGACAACCUCCUGUCAACGAGAUGCAAAUAA